ACAUGAUCAAGAAUAUUUUGCAAAUAAGCGGUUCUUUUGAAAUUUGUUUGAUUAAUCGCAGAAGAAAUGAUAAUAGAAUUUUCAACUAUUUGUUUUGGCUAGUCAAAUAAGUACUCGAAGUAUGUUGCUUGGAAAAAUAUGAUUCCUAGAUUUUAAAAUACUCAUAUCAUCUUUAUCUAAAAUUGUACUUUUCCUUUCUGUUUAUUAACAUUAUAAAACCACUAAAUAUUAUUAUAAAAACCAAUAAUUCUAUUGAGCAGCUCUGACUAUUCAUUUUUUAUAUGUUCGUCCAUAUGUAGAGUAUAUGUUAACAAGACAAAAUAAACAGAAUAGAGACUAUUCAUUAAGGGAUCAUAAAAGGCAUCGUCUAAAAUCUAGUGCUGAUACACGUAAGUUAUUUUUUAGACAAGUUGUUUUUAGAAAAAUAUUCUAAUAAAUUAAAAAAUCUAAUUUAAUAAUUUAUGGAAGGAAAUACGCUAAAUAUUUCCGCCCGUACGAAUGAUACCGACAAAUUGUUUAUUUCAUACUUGUUAAAAUUUAAUUUAAAAACUUUUUCAUUACUUAAAAAUAAUUGAAAAAAACUAUAGGUUUAUUAAAUUUUUUUCAUUGCGCACGCAUAAAUGCUUUAAUAUCGCUAUACCGUGCUGCACACUAUCUCUAAAAUUCGUCUUUAUAACACGGCAGGUUUUUGAUUUUUUUAAAAAUUUAUAUUAUUUUAUCAUUUAUUUUAAAUAUUUUCUUAUUUUACAAUAGAAAAAGUAUUGCUUGACUUAACUAGACAUUUAUUAUUUUAUAUUCUUUUGAGAUUAGUGAAUUCGAUACCGAAUAUUAUCCAAAUUUUGGACAGUCUUUUAUUUUCGUACCGCGUUAAAUAAAUAAUUUUUAUAAAUAAUAAAUGUAAUUUUAUUUACAAUAAUAAUUUUUAUACUUUAUACUAAGACUUAUUUUGUUAUUAGUCUAAUGGAGGAAAACAAAGUUGCUAUUUUAGAUGCUGGAGCGCAAUAUGGAAAGGUCAUUGACCGUAAGGUCCGAGAACUGAAAAUUAAAUCAGAACUACUACCCCUUGAAACUACUGCAAGCUUUCUGCUAGCGAAUAAUUACAAAGCUAUAAUCAUAUCUGGAGGACCAAAUUCAGUGUACGAGGACAACGCUCCCAAGUACGAUCCUUCAAUAUUUCAAUGCGGGCUACCACUACUUGGAAUAUGCUAUGGAAUGCAGCUGCUAAAUAAAGAAUUUGGAGGUGAUGUAAAUCGGACAACUAGCCGUGAAGAUGGACAGUUUAAGAUAAAAAUUGAUACAAAAUGUUCUCUUUUCAAAAAUUUAAAUUCCGAGCAAAAAGUUCUGUUGACUCACUCAGAUUCAGUUACAAAGCCAGCUGAAGGGUUUAAAAUAAUUUGUAAUUCAAAAAAUAUUACAGCAGGUAUUGCCAAUGAAAGCAAGAAGCUCUACGGUCUUCAAUUUCAUCCCGAAGUUGAAUUAACUGAGAAUGGAAAGAAGAUAUUUCAGAAUUUCCUAUUUGAAAUUUCAAAACUUAAACCAAAAUUCACAAUGGAGUCUCGUGAACAAUUAUGUAUUGAUUAUAUAAAGAAAUCAGUAGGAAAGUCAAAAGUAUUAAUGCUUGUAUCGGGUGGUGUAGAUUCAACUGUUUGUGCAGCACUACUACAUAAAGCUUUGAAUAAAGAUCAACUAAUCGCUUUACACAUUGAUAAUGGUUUUAUGAGAAAAGACGAAAGUAAAAAUGUUGAAGCAUCCUUAAAACAAAACGGUUUACACUUGGACGUUACAAACGCUACUCAAAUAUUUUAUGACUCCACAACUAUAAUAGAAGAUAAAAAUACUAAGAUAAAAAAGACAACAAAGCCCUUAUGCUUGACAAUUGAUCCGGAAGAGAAGAGAAAGAUUAUCGGAGACACAUUUAUGAAUAUUGCGAACAGCCUAAUUGAAGAUCUGAACUUGAAUCCUAAAGAUGUUUAUUUAGCUCAAGGAACUCUAAGACCGGAUUUAAUUGAAAGCGCUUCAGAAUUAGCUUCAAAUAAGGCAGACGCAAUUAAGACACAUCACAACGAUACUGAUUUGGUUAGGGAACUUCGUAGACAAGGACAGGUAAUUGAACCCUUGAAAGACUUUCAUAAGGAUGAGGUUCGCUCUCUCGGAAGAGAUUUGAACUUGCCAGAGGAAAUAGUGCAGCGACACCCUUUUCCUGGUCCUGGUUUAGCUAUUAGAAUAAUUUGCGCUGAAACGCCCUUUAUGGAAAAAGAUUUUGCCGAAACUAGUAUCAUUCUUAAGGCAAUUGUUAACUUCUCUGGCGCUGUUAAGAAACCGCAAGCUACAGUACAAAAGAUUCGAGAUGCUAUCACUGAAGAAGAACAAAUUUACUUAGAAGAAAUCACGUCUUCUUACAGUAUAUCGGUUUCUCUACUGCCUAUAAAAUCUGUCGGUGUGCAAGGUGAUUGCAGAACGUAUAGCUACGUAGCAGCUCUUUCAUCCGAUGAGUCACCCAAUUGGCAGUACUUGUCGACUUUUGCUCAGAUUAUACCAAGGAUUUGUAGAAACGUUAAUAGAGUUGUUUAUGCAUUUGGCCAAAAGAUUACUGAACCUGUUACAGAAAUUACCCAUACAAUGCUCUCGAAAAGGGUUAUAGAAACAUUGAGAGAAGCUGAUAGUGUUGCAACCCAUGCGUUAAAAGAAUCGGGCGAAAUGAAAAGUAUAGCUCAGAUGCCAAUCGUCUUGAUCCCCAUUCAUUUUGACAGAAUACCAGGCAGCAAUAUUCCUUCUGCUCAAUGGUCAAUCGUAUUGAGGCCAUUCCUGACAAAUGAUUUUAUGACCGGUGUUGCUGCAGUACCUGGUCGACAAAUAAAAGAAUCCACCGUUAAAAAAAUGGUAGAAGCAGUUAAACAAGUUCCCGGGAUAUCCAGAGUUCUUUUUGAUUUGACCUCGAAACCGCCAGGAACCACAGAAUGGGAAUAG